AUGGCGACCGCCAACUAUGCGAACCCCGACUCCCUCGCCGAGCUCUCCGCGGUAGUGGACCGAACGCUGCUCGAUACGGGUCGAUUGUUCCGCAAAACUGGCUCCGUCCCCGCCAGCGCUCAUCUCCAGCGCUCCAUGCCCUCCUACUACGAGAGCUUUCAAAAUGCACUAGAUAACCUCUCAGAACAGAUUUUCAUUGCCAAAGCCUUCCUGGAGAAGGACUACGACGCAAUCAAGGCACGCGAGCCGGUGCCGGUGCUGGCGCCCACCACGGACGAUGUCACCAUGAGCGAACCGGAUUCUACGACCAUAACGGAGCCGCAACCCCCGCCGACCGAGCAAAUCGACCUGGCAACCGCGCCGGUCAAGGUCGAGGCCGCGCCUGAUAAUGCAGUCGCGGCGGAGCUUCCAGCGCCAACAGAAGCCCCUUUGGCACAACAGCCCAGCAACGAAAUACAAGUGAAAGAAGAAAAAUCGGCAGGCGGCACAGCAUCCGCCGAUGCGGCCUUUCCAGGCACCACCGAAGGUCUCAAUUUUGAUUCGGUUCUCCAGGAGGGUGGUGCACCGAACUCAUUCGACCUCAAUCUGGACUUUGGCAAUGACGAUAUAGGCAACCAAGCCUUCCUGUCCGGAUCGGCCUUUGGGAGUACCGCCCCUGGCGGAGACAGUAAAAUGGACGCAUCUCUCUCUAACGAGCCUGCGACGACAGCCCCUGCUGGCGGAGGCGCCUUCGACCUCGAACUACAAAAAGCCGACGACAGCAAUCCCUUUCCCGACCAAGGCACGGGAAUGGAGGAUAUUAUGGCGCCCGGUGAAUCCAGUUUUGAUGAUCUCUUCAUGGAGACCGAAAACCUCGGCGAUAAUGCCGGGGAUCUCAAUCAGCUGGAGGGAGAUAGUUUGAUGAAUAUCAGCGAGCUUGAUGACAAUUGGUUUACGUGA